CCGCGGCCGACACGCGCGACUGACACGGCGAGACCACGAAACCCAUGGCGAGCGCGCAGAGAGCCUUCACGGCUCAGGCAUUCGCCACCUUGAGGCCCGUUCCGGCCUUUUUAACCCGCACGCACGAGAUCGUAUCCGACCCGAGGACGGACCACAUAGUUUCCUGGAGCAAAGACGGCAAGACGUUCAUCGUGUGGAAGCCCGAGGAGCUGCGCAAGCUGCUGCCCAAGACCUUGGGGCUCUUCACCCAGCCCUUUGCGUCGUUCGUCAUGGAGCUGAACGUGUACGGCUUUGUCCACUACGGGAGCGGCAACGCGGAGGGCGACUACUUCGAGUUCGGCCAGGACGGCUUCCAGAGGGGUAGGCCCGGGCUGAUGCACACGAUCCGCCAGAAGGAGAACUUCGGGCGGUACAGGCACUAGACGGGGACGACGGGGCUAGCACGGGUAGACUGCGGAGGGUACCGACAUAGUAACGAGCCGCGGUCCCGGGGACGCGUAACAGAAAAAGAGGAAAGAAAAACCUGCGAGUUGUUGUUGUAACAGUGUAUGUGUCUUGAUGAAAA